AUGCUCAGAAGUAUAGGAAAGCUAUCUAUUAAAUCUUUUGAAGAAAAGAAAAAAGAUAAAAAUGAAAUUUUUAACAAGAGAAUACAAAAAGAAAUAAAAAAAUUAAAAGAGUCCAAAAUAAUAGAUGAUAUAAAUGUGUAUGUAACUUUAAUUGAAAAUGAUGAUGAAGAUAAUGAGAAUUUUAGUUCUGAUUUAAUUAAACAUAAAUAUUUAUGUUUAAAUGAAACCUUUAAUGAAUCAUAUUUUACAAAUGAAAAUUUUUUUUUAAAUAAUUUUAUUAGCCAUUUGAAAAAAUUAAAAAAAAAUAACACAAUAAUAUAUUCACAAAAUGAAGAAGAUCCAUGUAUUUACGAAGAAUUGAACAAGUAUUUUGAAUAUAAAAAUAUAAUAUGCCCUUUUUUUAAUAUAUUUGAAUUUUUAAAUUUUCAGAAUAUUUUUGAAAAUUUUUCAUCAUUUUUAAGUGAUAUAACUUAUUUCAUGAAAAUUUUUGAAAUUUUUAAAAAUGGAUUUAUAAAUGAACAAAAUAUCUUUAACAGUACAAACGAAAAUAUAGGAGAUAAUUAUGAAAUUAAAAAAAAUAAUGAGUUUUUUACUAAUAUAUUUUUUGAAAUUUUAUAUAAAGACUUUAUUAGUCACAUUUCAAAAAUUCAAAUGGAAUUAAUAGAUAAAAUAUUAUAUUCUGAUGAAUAUGAAAAUGAAUAUUUUUAUCAAAGCUUUUUAUUUUUUUAUAACAAAUAUUACAGCAUAAAAGAAAGUAUAGUCUAUUCGUUUUUUAUUUUUCAUGAUUAUCCUUUUAGUAAACCUUAUGUUAAUGUAGAUCAUUUUCCACUUUGUAUAUUAAAAAAAAAAAGUCAAGGAAAAAUUAUGGGAGAUAAAUAUAAUAAAAAGAAUAUUCUCAAAAUUUUAUUAAAUGCAAAAUGGAUACCAAAAAUUACAUUAGAAAAUUUAUUUGAAGAAUCAAAAAAUUUCGUGGAUAAACUUUUUUUUUAUUAUCAAUAUAAAUUAUAUCUUUUUUAUUAUUACUUAAGUAAACAUAAAAUAUUUUCACUGUUUUUUGAAAAUAAAUUUACAAUAUGUUUUAGUACUUACAAUAUUUUAUAUUCUUAUGUUUCUAAAGUAGAUAAUAAAUUAAUUACAAAUAAAAAAAGAAAAAAUUACUCUAAUUUGUUAUACUCAAUUAAUAAUUCAGAAUAUAUAAAUCAAGAUAUCAUUUUAUAUAAAUUUUUUUAUUCAUACAAAAAGUUAAGAAGUAAAAAUUAUGAAAUAAAUGAAGAAAAAUACUCUACGAGAAUUCAAAAAAAAAAAAAGUAUGAAUAUCUCAUAUAUUUAUUUUUUUUUAUUUUUGUUUUUUUUCUUCCAAUAUUAAUCAAAAGCAUAUAUAUAUAUCAAACAAAUGAAAUUAACAGUUACUUAAAAGAUGUGCAUAGUUUUAGUAACUAUAAUAAAAGUAAUAAUGAUAUUUCAAAUAAACAUCCUCUAUUCUUUACAUUUUUGCGCUUACUUAGAAAUAUAAAUUUAAAUAAAAAAGAAAAUGUUAUAAUUGAAAAGGAUUUGAAUAUAUCAAAAGAUGAACAACUCAACGCAAAUCUAGAGAAAAAUAAAUCUGAAAAUAAAGAGAAGCAAAAAAAAAAAACAAAUAAUAUAGAUAAUGAAGUUGAUAUUUUUGAUAUAAAUGAAGAAGAAAAGGAAGUAAUAGACAAAAAAAAAGAAAAAGUUAUUAAUUUAUUGAGUGAAAAUAAUGAUAGUAUAAAAAUGAGAAAUAAUAAUAUUACUAAAGAAAAUCUGAACCAUGAAAUUUAUAAAAAAAAAAUUUUUUUAAUAAUAUUUUUAUCUGUUUUCGAAUUUUUCUUUUUCUCAUUAGGUAUAAUAUAUAAUUUACAAUUAUUAAGAAAAAAAGUUGAACACAACAACUUCUUUAUAAAUAUUUGCUCAUCUUUGCUAAUAUUAUAUAACCCCAUCUUGUUUUCAAGUAAUAUAAAUUAUGUGAAUGUAAUAUCUAUUGGAUUGUUAUAUUGGAGUAUUAAUUUAAUUCUUUUAAAAAAAAUGUUUUUGUCUAUUGCACUUUAUUUUUUAUCUAUAUAUUUCAAUAUCACAAAUAUCAGUUUUUUCUUUCCGUUUUUAUUUAUUUUUGUAUAUAUUAAUAGUAGAUAUAUAAUAAAAAGGGGAAAUAAAAUUAAAAGUGAUUUCAAAAAUAAAUAUGAAGUAUUCAAAUGUAUUGUUAUUUACUUUCUAUUAUUUAUAAUUUUAAGUAAUAUAUUAAUAUUUAUCCUUUUUGAUGAGAGAGCAUCUUGGAUAAGUAAUUGGAAAAAUUGUUUCUAUUUUUUUAAUAAUUAUUUAAAUGACACUAAAAAUGAAUUUAUAGCCAACAUAUGGAAUCAGAUAAUGUUGACCAAUAAUAAUAUAAAAUUAUCUUUCUUUAAUUAUAUUCCUUUUUUUUUAGUUUUAAUUUUUAAUUAUUUUUUUUUUGUAAAUACAAUUAUUAAAUUUUAUAGUUCCUUAUUGUUCUCUUCUAUUUUAUUUCUACUAAUCUCACCUAACAUGAGUAAUUUCUUAUUAAUAUACAUAUCGAUACAGCUAUUAUUUUUUAUUAAUACAAUUGGCAAUUCAAGUAUAUUACUAAAUAUAGUUUUUUCUUCUUAUGUAGUUAUAACGAAUAAUAGUUUCAACUUUUAUAUUUAUAUUUUGACUUUAAUAUAUUUUAUUUUUCAUAUAUAUAUAAUGCGCCCAUCAAAUAGCUAUUCUAAGAAAAUAAAUUAUCAGAUUAAAAUAAUAAUAGAAUUGAUUAAAAAUAUUUUUCAUUUUAUCAAAACAAAUUUAGCACAUUUAUAUGAAGCAAAUAUAAAAAAUUUAGCAAUGUCUUUUGUUAUAAUAUUUUUUUCUGUUUCAUUUAAUACAUUAUCUAAUGAAAAAAAUAUUAAAAAUAUUAUUCAAAAAAAGGAAAUACAAAAAAAAAUUAUUUUUUGUUUAUAUUCACAUAUAAAUCCUGACUAUUUGGCUAUUCCAUUAUCAUAUUUUUCUUUUUUAUUAUUUUUAAUGCUUGGAUUUUUAAAGUUGUAUGGUUCGAAAUUUUACCUAAAAUUUGCCUUAUCUUUACUUAAAUUUCUUACUUUUCUAAGUUUAUCGUCAAUAUUACUCAUACUUCAUUUAAAGAGAAAAAAUUUUAGAAAGUUUGACUUCCUUAGCAUACCUGAUUCAUCUUAUAAGAGAACAUUUUCAAUACAGAGAUCAAAAAAAUUAUAA